GAAAACUUGAAGAGCUAGAGAGACAUCCAUAUAAUGAAUAUAAUUAUCUGCCAAUAAGAAAUAGUUGUUUUGUAUAUUAAAAAGUGCACAUCAGUAGGACAUUGUUUCUUUUUCUUUCUUUCUUGAUAAAUAAUGGUUAUCAAAUUUUUGUUGUAAUGACAACACUUAAGAUAAUGGUAGGAAAAAAAAUAAGUAAUCACAAAUUUGCAAAAAGUUUCCUCGAUCCUCUUUCUUUAUUAGGUCAUCAUUUGAGCAUAAAGUCAAAAAGAAGUCAUAUACAGUUAAUGGUUAAAGUCAUGCCAUUAAGCUUGUUAAGUAAAAAAGAUAUGACGAACGAGGUUUGAUUCUCGAAAAUGUAAAAUCUAUAAUGGAUGCUACAACUCCAUUGGUUUUAAUAUGUUUAUCCUCCCCUUCAAGAAUGAACCGCAUCGUUUCAGAAUCAUUACGCUUCUACAAAAUAUUUUCCCUACAUUUGUAAACAAUUAAUUAAGUAAAAAAAGAUUCUGAGUGUUACUAUACUAAUGUAAAAAAAAAGAUUAUGAGUAUUACUAUACCAAUGUAGGUCUCUGUGCUCAAACUCCAAAGCAGCUUCUGCCACUGUCUAAGCAAUGGUAACCUGAAUACAUCAUGAAUUGAUUACCCAUUGGGAAAAAAUAGUAUCUUUAGGCCACUUGACCGUAUAAACAAACCUGAGCAAGCACACUCUGAGCUUCUUGGAAGCACCGAAACUCAAAGCUCUUGAGAUCCUGACCGCCAUUCUUUUGUGCAGAUACAACAAAACGCUAAGGGAAAAAAGCAUAGGAUUGUUAGAUUUGAUGAAAAUUUUCUUCUUUUGUAUAGUAAAUGAAUCAUCAUAAAGUAACAAUCCGGCCGCCAGAUGACUCUGAACUCCUUGUAUUGUGAUUUUUUUCCCAUUUUCUCUGUGCUCUUACCAUGGCAUCACAUUGCCUUACACUGUGUAGAAAAAGAAUGGACAUAAAAACUACAAUAAUUUUUUAAGGUAUAAAAAUGAAAUAAAAGGAAUUUACAAAACUGAAAUUUCUAUCCAACAAAAUUAUACAUCAUUAUAAUGACAUUUUUAACUCUAAACAUAAGGUAAUUAGUAUUUUGUACAUCUGAAUUAGCUAACAUCAUAAUAUAUGUUUUCGUAUAUGAAAGAUAAUUUUUUAUUAUCAUUAAACAUAUUUCCAUUGUUUUGCUCAUGGUUUAUACAUUUUUAUAAUUGGCUUAGGUGUUGUUUACUUCUGAUCUAAUCGACUUAAUGGACGCAUAACUUAAUGUAGUCUCUUUUUACUUAAUAAGUUCAAAAUGUCUUAACCGGUAAAGUGGGAACAUGUUCACUUGAUUGGUCCAUCGAUAACUUAGACCUUGUUUUUUUUUUAUCUUUUUUUUUUUCAUUAAGUAGUGUCUGUGUAUGAAUAAUGUUCUGAAUGAGAAAAUAGUAGCCUGUUUGGAUAAACUGAUGGAUACAAAUAGACAGUUUCUUUUUUUUAUAUAUAUACAGAAAAUGACAAUUUUAGCCUUCUGUUUAAAAAAUCAAUGUUGGAUAACAAUGGACACAUCAUCCAAUAGUUUGCUAUGAAGUGAAUUCAAGGGCUAUAAGAAUGAUAGGAAAAGGAUUACAAGAAAAACAUAACGACUUUACUAGCCAUUCAAGAUGCUAGGAUCUCCUGAUUAAGAUCCCAAAUGAAAACAAUAAGCAAACUUAAAUAAUUAAAUUACCAGAAUUGCCCUUGAACAAAUUGCAUGCUAAUUUGCAUUGGACAAAGUCUCCUUUCUACCCCUCUGCUUGUCCCCCCCACCCCCCCCCCCCCCCCCCUUUUGUCCUCAAGAAGGUGGAAAGAGGGAAAGACAUCAAUAAUUUAAGUUUUAAAAAAUAAGUAGUAAUUAAAUAAGAACUUCAUAUUUGUAAUAUCCCAUAUAAUAUUUUAAUGUAAAUUUGUAUUGUAUAUUAAUAAUAAAAGUAUAAGUAUUAUAAAAUAUAAAUGGUUCGGGGAUGGAAAUGGGUAAAUGAGACCGAUUAUGGGAUCUGGUAAUUAGGUGGGUAUAACCAUCCCAAACCCACAAUUUUUUUAGAAAACAUUCUAUAACCAUUUAUCCGACCCAAACCUUGUCCCAAAAGUUUUGGAUUGAGUUGGGUCCAAGUAUUUUUACAUUCUUAGUAACUUUAAAUAAACCAAAUUGCCAAUAUUGAAACUUAGAUCUUUCAUGUGUUUGUCUUCCUAAUAUUUCAUCUUUUGCCGGGCCAACAAGAGAUUGAGCUUCAAUUCAUCCAAGAUAGCUUCCCUUUCUUUAAGUUGAUCCUCAAACAAAAACACAGUGGUUUGUCUUGCUGCAUGGUGGACCAGGUUGGGAGGCUCUCAUCCAUAUAAUACCUUAAAAUGAGCAUACUUGGCAGCCGAAUGAUAAGAAAUAUUGUACGGGUAUUCAGCCCACGGUAACCAUUGGGAUCAGUUCUUGGGUUUACCUUGAAUACAAAAAAGAAUUUAAACUUCUAACGUUUUGUUGACUACCUCAGGGAUGGUAUACAAUGCUUUUUUUAAGGAUCGUGCCUUGCAAACGAAAUAGUUCACGCCAAAACAGAAUCAUGGAAAUCUUGUACUAAUGAGUUAUGAUGGAAUGUGGAAAACCAUGAAGCCUCGCAAUUUCUUUGAUGAAUAGCAAAGCAACUGUGGCAGCAGUAAACGGGGCUUCAAGCUUAAGAAGGGUGUGAACUUGGACAGGCGAUCCACCACCACCAACAUUGUAUCAAUGCCUUGGAACUUUGGUAAUCUCUCCACGCAGUCCACGGUGAUCUCUUCCCAAACUAAAUUUAGAUGUACGAGUGGCUGAAAAAAUCCUGACGGUGCAAUGUUGAGUGUUUUUGUUACUACUAUACUUUACAUUGUUGCACAUAUUUAUUGAUAUCCUUUUGAUAUCCAUCAUGUCCACCCAUAGUAUCAUGGUACUCAUGUAGCAACUUUGGCAUUAGGGAAUAAGUCUACAAGUGUUCCUUUAUAGAACAAUAAGUCUACGGUAAUUCAUUACAUAUGUGGAUUAUUAGCAUAAAAUCUACUUCUAUCUUGUGAUUAGGCAGAAUCAGAUUUGCAAUUGCAUUUUACCCUUCUGAUUUCACCAAGAUUUCUUGAUUUUUAUAAAAAAAUGAAGGCAUCUGUGGAGUACAAUUCAUAGGUUUUGAAGCAAUAUAUUGAAGAAUUGUAUUGGGGCUCUGGUAAACGUGUGAUGUUGCUUGGUCAUAGCAAGGCUGCUGUGGAUGUUGCAGCUGCAUUAUCACAUUAUUGGUGUGAUCUUAAAGAUAAAGUUGCAGGAUUGGCGCUUGUGCAGAGUCCUUAUGGUGGAACCCCAAUUGCAUCUGAUAUCAUGCGUGAAAGCGAAAUUGCUGAUAAAGAAACUAGAAGAAUCAUGGAACUCAUAGUCUGCAGGAUCAUCAAGAUUCUUGGAUCUAUUCUAAAACUUUUUCUUGAUGGUGCUAUCGACGGUGCAAAAUAUGAAGAUGAAUGUCGGACAGUUCUUGGCACGUGGUCGUUUCCCGUCUUCACAUUAGACAAACUGAUAGACAAGCUUACAAAAUUCCUGCUGGCUAUUGCAACAGAUGAGGAAAGUCAACACUUUUGUUCUUGGACCAGGUGCUUGAGAAGAUUUGUAAUUCUACUUGCAUAUAUGAUCAAGUAUUGUGAUAUUGCCCAUACUGGUGGAUCAAGGACUAUAAAAUGCAAGAAUGGAUCAAAAAAAGCAGAAGCAAAAAAGAAAAAAAAACCCAAAAUCCCAUAG